AUGCCGACAGCGAACGCGAAGAAAUACUCAAGGAAGAACAACACCAAAUCAACAUGCGUUUGUGAAAUCCAAAUGAAAUUGGCCAUCCUCGGUUCGAGUCACAGCGGCAAAACAAGCCUAGUGAAACGUUUCCUAUACCGGUCCUUUAGCGAUAAGUAUAAUCCAACUCUGAUGGAUGUCUUUGAAGAACAUUACAUACUCGAUGCUACGGAUGUUGGUGUAUCAUACCGGAUCUUUGACCUUUCCGGUUCCGAUGAAUUUCCUGCAAUGCGACAACUUGCAAUUAGCUCUGCUGAGACAUUUGUCAUUGUGUACGCUGUGAAUGAUCGAAAAUCUUUCGAAGAUGCUAAGAAGGUGAAAAUGGAAAUAGUGAAAACCAAGGGACGAACUGAUUUACCUAUAUUAUUGAUUGCAAAUAAAUGUGAUGUCGCUGAACGGACCCAUCUCGUUAGUUCGGAAGAAGGUAGAAUGUUAGCAAGACAAUGGGGAUGCCAAUUCGCGGAAACGUCGGCUAAAAUUUCGCAGAAUAUUGACAAUUUAUUCAUAGAACCCACGAUUAAAAUAAUGAAACAGAAACAUCCGGAACUUGCUACAUUGGGUUACAAUUACCAGCCGUUAAUACCCGCUCCUGCUAGGUAA